AUGCCGUUGAUGAUGGAUGAUGAGAUGGAUAUGGAUGAUCUUUUCGGCGAUGGGGGUGGUCUGUCCCUACCCUCCAGGCCGCCGCCUACGAAAGAGCUCCAUCAGAGAAUAGAUGAGCUACGAACAGGAGGUUGUUGCCAGGGAAUUGCAUGGUCUCGAUGGGGCUGUAUAGCAUCUAUUGCUCCGAACGGGAUGGCCUUAGAGCUUCGAAAUCUUCGUUGUGAUCCAGCUGAUGGUACUUGGGCCCUCAGCUCCCCUACUGUUACUGCAAAUUUUUCCUCGCCGCUGGACGGACGACUGAAGCACCUGUCCUGGAGUCCAACGGGUAGUGAUCUGGCGGUGAUUGAUACGACAGGUCGCGUAACGAUUAUAUCCAUAUUUGCAUCUUUGAAUAAGGCAAGUCUCAGCAGAGAUUGUCGAGCCGACCCAGCGGAUGAUCUGCAUGGGGUUAUUGGAUGCUACUGGUUGAACUUGGCAGCGUAUCCAGCGAACCGACCAAAUAUUCUGCAUGGUCCAGCAAUCAAGGAAGGAUCCGGUUAUCGAUUUGAAUCGUCCCAAACUCCUGUUCUAGGGCCCUGCCUUCCAAAUCAAUCGAGGUCUGCAUUUGUAUGUGUUACCACCAAUGGUACACUAAGGGUCUUGUGGCAACAGAACAACAGUAAAUGGAAUGAGUCACACACCGAAUUAGAGAGCAUCGUUUCUUCCGAUGACUUGAUAACCCAUGCUGCGAUAUGUUCAGACAAAAAUGGGACCUUGCUCAUUGCAUACACUACCGCUUCAAUGCAGCUUCGUACAGUGCGCGCAUUGAUUGAGUGGAAUCAACCGAAAGUUGACAAGGUGCCACCUGCAAACUUGCCUUUGAACCCCACUAUCAAGACAAGGCACCUUGCUGGAACCAGCUGGGCUCCAACUAUCUCAUCUGACCCAAUGAAUACUUCCCCUUUCGAUUCUUCGAUGGUUCAAAUCUCACACCUCGAGUUACUUCCUCCAUUCGCGGACGCCAAUAGCAAGAGCGUUCCACCAACGAUCAUAACCAUUCGUUCCUCUUUGCCUACUUUUGCAGCACAUUAUACUCAGGACGUUCAUACAACUGUUGACCGAUGGGAAAUACGUGAUAAAAUUCAGAGCGUUCAUCACGCUUUCGAACAGCUGAGUUCCAGGAGGAACGGCGCUGGUCAUCCACCCCAGCCAGUUGUAUAUUUGAAGAAGCUCGAGAGCUUUACAGUCAAAAAAGUGGUAGUUUCAAUGGAGUCCAUAAACCAUGGAAAGGUCAUUGCUUUUGCGUGCAGUGACAACUCUAUUGAGUAUAGAGACCGAACAGACAUGUCAGAGACGUUCAAUGACGGCAAUCUCGAACGAGUCUGGCAUCUUUCACAAAUAGGCUUUGCAUACACCGAUGAUGAGCCUUGUCUACAAGUAUCCCUGUCGCCAACAUAUUGUUCGGCAGUGCAGCUUCGAAAUGACGGUAAAGUCAAGUGGAAGCAAUUGAACUAUCAUCUGCGGCAAAUCGGAACCAGCACAGAUGAUCCUCUGUAUUCAGCAGCCAUUGCCGCUAUUACACUCUCUUGUGCAACAGCAGUGAUGAGGAACGCGAACUGGGACGACAUACUAGCCACAAUACAACCAUAUGCUACAGCUCAAUUCGCGUACGACUGGCUUGCAGACUUCACACCCCUGAUCAAACUGAAUGCCGAUUUCUCCGAGGAAACCCACCAUGAUGUUCUCGUCAGGAAUACCACAAUCCAGCUUUGUCUCUGCAUCCAGUAUUCCAUUGGCUUUAAAGGAGAGUUCAACCCGCGCACGUUCUCGGGAAAGCUGGCAUGGCUGGUACUGCAGUUGCGUAGUAUCGUUGUUGUGGUGACUAUGGCUGCCAAUCUCCAUUUGCCCGGCCCUGGAGGACCAAAUGCCAAUGAGAGGACGACGCCUCUUGAAGAUCCCGAAGUAAUCAACUCUCUAGUAGGCUCUGUUCGCUGGGCCCUUGACCUCGUGGCUUGGAUUAUAGACACACUACUCACUCUCCCUACGACCCUCCCCCCACAUAUAACCCUGACUAACGCCUCUACCCUCUCGCUACCUGAUCUCCUCUCCUACCUCCACAAGACCAACACCAUAUCCCUACACCUCCUCCUCUCCUCUCCCUCCAGAGGCUUUCUAACCGCAGUCUGCCGCCGCCUUCAACACCUCGACUUCAUAGCCUGCAAAGCAGUGCUGCACAACAACGCCACUCUCGAGCCCAAUCCAGCCAACCCAAACCCAUCACCACCCACCAAGGUCUCCCCCGCCCUGAAAGCCGCCUACGUGCAAAUAGCCCAACUAACGGGCUCUUCAAUCCUCAAUAUCAAAACCCUUGAAACUCUUCUCGCAUCCAUAACCUCGCUCAUCAAGAACAGUUACGCCUCUUCCACCAACCCGGUGCUCUCUGGCAGCGCGCCUGCAGAACGUACGCGCAACAACAUAGAGAUGAAAAUGCUCUUCGGCAGUUCCUUCCCCGACGCAUUCAAGCCCGUCAUCGUCGAGCUCUUCCGCAAAGAAGGACUCCUCGACGGCGUGAAAGAGCAGAUCGAUUCCUCGCAGCUCUUCUUUGCCGAUUUCAGCAUGUUGGAGGUGGAUGAAAAUAAAGCGAGCGUCGAAAGACGGAGGAGGUCGGAGAAGACGAUGGAUUGUUUCCGUAAGGUGUGGCUUGAGAAUCCGCCCAAGGGCCUGGCUGCGGAAGUGAACGGGAGGCAGGGGAGAUGGAGGAGGUGUGCGAGGUGUGCGGCUGUUAUGGAGGAUGUGUUGACGCAAAGGCAGGCGCUGCAAUGGCUGAUCAUGCAGCAGAGGAGCCUCUACAUCAAGCUGGUCCAUGACGUUGGCGAUCUCUCUGCUGUCUGGUCUGUAGGAAAUAACGCCUUGUGUAAAUUCAGGUACAUCGAGGAGGGUGCCACGCCUGAAUCAGUCACUUCGAACUUUGUCCGAGAUCAACGACCCAGCUUUGAGAUUCCAAAAGUUCUACAUCACGCCUUUGGUAGUGACCGAUCCUACCUCUUUCUCCGGAGAGUCCCAGGUCGGACUCUAGACACUGCAUGGCAAAGUCUCAACGAAUACUGGAAACGCCACUACGUGAAUGCUAUCGUAGAUGUUUGCAAGGAAAUGGCAGAAUGGAAAGGGGCUGGGCUUGGUGGUUUGGACGAUCAAAACAGGCUCGAAUGCUACCUUGGCACUCCGAGGGGCGGCAGCGGGUUCGGCUCGGCCAAUAUUGAAGCCGGAUGUAAAGAAAUUGGUAUGGACUGCUCUGUCAUCUUGUAUCAUGCUGAUCUCGGACCUACAACUAUCAUUGUGGAGGAUGAGCCGAUCCCAGGGAGGGUCGGGAUAGUUGACUUUUUGAAGUUGCUGGUUACUUCCCUCUGGGCUGGAUCAAGCCCGAGUUUCGACUCUCCUCCGGGAUGGACCUAUCUGCUCCAGGCACGGGUGGCCAGACUUGGUGGAGAGCAGAAAUUUCAAAAGCGCUUGGAGUAG